UCAAAUUUUUUUGUUUUCUUCUUUUUUUUGCCUUUCAGCUUGUUGGGGUUGUGGAUCCGCGAUCCGCCGCCAGAGAACAGAUCAGAAAGUAUCACGAGGUGGAUGAAGACAAAUAUUUUGAAGAUUGGAGAGAAGCCGUAGAAAGGGAGAAGUUUGCCGACGCCGUGAUCAUCACAACUCCGGAUAAACUGCACAAGGAUCCCGCCAUCGCAUUUGCCAAGAAGGGAUAUCAUAUUCUACUGGAGAAACCCAUGGCUGUGACUCCGGAGGACUGCAGAGAAAUCGUCUCCACAUGUAGAGAGAACGGCGUCAUGCUGGCGGUGGGGCACGUCCUACGCUACCAUCCCGUCUCCAUCCAGAUCAAGGAACUGAUCGAUUCCGGAGUGAUUGGGGACGUUGUCCACAUCCAGCAUAUGGAGCCAGUGGGGUUCUGGCACUUCGCACACUCCUUUGUGCGGGGGAAUUGGCGGAAUGAGGGCGAGAGCACGUUCUCUCUGCUGGCGAAGAGCUGCCAUGACAUCGACCUCAUCUGCUAUUGGAUGGGAAAACAAAGGUGUAUGAAGGUGUCGUCGUUCGGGUCGCUCUCCCACUUCACCAAGGAGAACAAACCCAGUGGGGCCGGCAGCCGCUGUCUGGACUGCGCGGUGGAGGAGGCGUGUCCAUACUCGGCGCAGAAGAUUUAUCUGAACAAGGGACACUUUGGUUGGCCGGUAGCGGUGGUUUGCAGCAAUGGCGUCUAUGACAUCGAGUCGCUGACCGACGCUUUGAAGACCGGUCCUUAUGGGAGGUGUGUCUACGAAUGUGACAACGACGUCUGCACCAAUCAGGUGGUGAAUAUGGAGUUUGAAGGGGGGAAGACGGCUGCGUUCACAAUGAUGGCGUUCACUUAUGAGCUCGGAGUGAGGAGCACCACCAUCUACGGGACGAAGGUAAAUGUGAAUGGAAAAACACCGACUGCUUCUCUUCUCAUGAGAACCACCAAUCAGAACGCUGCUGCAGUGACUAGAACGUCGCGAGUAACUGUUCCGUGAAAUAAUAGUAAGCGG